AUGGGCCGCCAAAAUGUCUCACCUCUGCUCCUUCAUACUCUCGUCCUGUCGCUGCUUUGCGCGCUGUCGCUCGGACAGGUGUUCAACCUGACGCUGUCUGUUAAAGAGGGAUUGCCCGCUAAAACCAUUGUUGGAGACCUGGGAGCUGGAUUAAACAGGCCAAGCACUGGAUUCUUCAUUUCAGAGAGCCGAGAUUCUUAUGUCUUCAGGGACUUGGAAAUAGACUCGGACACUGGGAUCAUCUCCACAGCUGUGAUCCUGGACAGAGAGAGCAGAGAUAAGUAUGAAUUUGUGGCUGCCACUCUAACAGGUGAGAUGAUCAGAGUGAAAAUAGAAGUGAAAGAUGUGAACGACCAUGCACCCAUGUUUCCCUCCAAGGAGGUUGAUUUGGAAAUAUCAGAACUGAGCCCACCAGGAAGUCGGUUUCAGCUUGAAGGAGCUAAAGAUAAGGAUGAGGGUGAAUUUGGUACCCAGGGAUACAGAAUCACAGAGAAUGAGAUGGGAGAGUUGUUCUACCUGGAGUAUCGCACUGGAUCUGAGAACCACCUCAGCCUGGAUCUCAUCCUCACAAGCAGACUAGACAGGGAAACACAGGACUUCUACUCCCUGACCAUUGAGGCCUUCGAUGGUGGGAUCCCAGCCAGGACGGGGAGGCUUCAUUUGAACAUCCACGUCCUGGAUGAGAAUGACAACCCUCCCGUGUUCAAUCAGACUGAAUAUCACGCCUCGGUGCCCGAGAACGCUCCAAUUAUGUCUACUGUGUGUCAGGUUUAUGCCACAGACAUCGACCUGGGCGACAACAGCAGAAUCACUUAUGAGAUCAAUAGGCGGCAGAGUGACUCAAAUGAGGUUUUCUCCAUCAAUGAAACCACUGGUUUAGUUUAUCUCAACAAGCCGCUUGAUUUUGAAACACAGGCUUUUCAUGAGUUGAUCAUCAGUGCGAGAGACAACGGGGCUCAGCCUGAGUACAGCAGCACUUUUGUGGGUGUGAAAGUGCUUAAUAUCAAUGAUAACAGCCCCACCAUCAGUGUGCUAUUUCUCAGUGAGACAGGAGAUGCAGUUGUGUCAGAGGCAGCUGGGAUUGGGGACUAUGUUGCCCGGAUUUCAGUGUCAGACCCAGAUGUUGAGGAUGAGAGGGUUACAGUCACCCUCGUGGGUGGUGUUGGGAAAUUCACCCUGAAGCAGACUGAUGAUUUCUUGUAUGCUUUGUGUGUCAACGGAGAGCUUGACAGGGAAGAGAAGGACCUUUAUCAGUUAAAGGUGCAAGCAUCAGAUCACGGGAGCCCCUCUUUGAGUAGUGAGAUGGUCCUUCUCAUAAAGGUGGCUGACACUAAUGACUGCCAUCCAGUCUUUCAGAAGGAUGUGUAUAUCAUCAACAUCGCUGAGGAUGUUCCUCAGGGGAGUUCCCUCAUCCAGGUGCAGGCCCGAGACGCGGAUGAGGGUGUCAACUCAGAUGUCAGGUACUCCAUCCUCAAAUCGAGCCACCAAGACGGGCUGAUCAGCAUCGACCCCGAGUCAGGGAUGGUCACCACAGCCGCCGAACUGGACAGAGAGAGACAGAUGGAGAUGUGGUUCCUGGUGGUGGCAGUGGACGGAGGGGAGCCAGCUCUGUCGUCCACGGCUACGGUUACUGUGGUUGUGGAGGAUGUCAAUGACAACGAGCCAGUGUUCCAGCAGCAGCUGUACAAUGUGUCCCUCCCAGAGCACAGUGUCAUUGGGAGCUGCUUUUUACAAGUUGUAGCCACAGACGCAGACAGCCCUGAGUUCAGCACACUACACUAUUCUCUGUCUGAUGGCUUCGACAGGCAGGACAAGCACCCCCUCUUCCAAAUCCACCCUGAGACCGGAGAGCUGUGCGUCUCCCAGGACAUCGAUCGAGAUACAGGACAGACGGUUCACGACAUCCUGAUCAAAGCUGAAGAUCCAGGAGGUCUGAGCGCUCAAACCUACGUACACAUUGAGCUAGAAGACCUUAAUGAUAACGCUCCAGUGUUCAACCCCGAAGAGUACACCAUGAGCAUUAGCAGCCAUGCACAGCCCGGCACAGAAAUCCUCAACGUUAUCGCUACUGAUCGAGAUUCUGGCAGUUUCGGACAGGUCACCUACGAUAUCCUUCCAGGUGACCUGUCUAAUUUGUUUGCACUGGAUAAACAAACAGGAAUGCUCUACCUGGCCUCAACUCUGACCCACCUGGGUGCAGCCAGUGUGAAACUCUCUAUAACAGCUCAGGAUGGUGAGGGCCUGUCCGCAGUCAGACCUGCAGAAGUCACCAUCAAUGUUUUACCCAGCGCCCAGGCUCCAGCUGUGUUCCAGAGGUCACGCUACACCUUCACAGUGCCUGAAGACACACCUCCUGGCACUUCUGUAGGGACUGUGGAGGCCAUAAACCCUGCUGACUCGGAAUCUGUAUCGUACCGAAUUUCUUCUGGCGACCCUCAGGGUUUGUUCUCAGUCCAUCCAAAGUCCGGCCUGAUCAGCAACGUCAAACCUCUGGACCAUGAGUCGCAGCCGUACGCCCUGCUGGUUCUUCAGUCCUUCACUGACACCUCGCCUGUUUACAGCACCACACAAGUCAACAUCACUAUAGCUGAUGUUAAUGACAACAGCCCCAUCUUCCCAAAACUCAGUGACACCAUCACAGUGUCCCAAAAUACGCUCCCAGGAACAGUGCUGUUCAUCGCUCAUGCACAUGACUAUGACAGUGGAGAAAAUGGGAGGGUGCAGUAUUAUCUCAGAAGUAGCAGAAAUGGUAUGUUUGUUGUUGACCCCAACCUUGGGACAGUGACACUAAAUCAGAGUUUACAAGUGGAUCAUCAGCAGAGGUACAGCCUGGAAAUUGUGGCAAAAGAUGAAGGAGAACCAUCCCUGAGCUCCACGCUGACCCUCACAGUCAACAUAGACCGAACAGCCACUGAAGACAGUCUGGCCUUCGAGACAUUAGUCUACCAGGUGGAGAUAGGUGAGGGCUACCGGAAAGAUUCACGGGUUAUCCAGGUGAGGGCGCACAGGAGCCGUGGAGCUCACACAUCAAACUCAGGCCUUACUUACUCCUUGGAGGCAGAAACAGGGUUCCCUCCUGCUCCAUUUCGGAUCCACCCAAAGACAGGAUGGUUGUAUCUGUCUCACAACCUCGACUAUGAGGCAGAAUCCAUGUUUCGUUUUCGAGUGCUGGCCACAGCGAGGGAGGCCUCACUGGCUAACACCACAGCCACAGCGUUGGUGAUCGUACUGGUGCUGGACAUCAAUGACAACGCUCCAGUGUUCAGCAGUGAGGUGUACUACUUCACCGUGUCAGAGGGAUCGUCGCCUCAAGGCUUGGUGGGAACAGUUAAAGCUGUGGAUAGGGAUUCUGGGAAAAAUGCCCAACUGUCCUACAUCCUGCUCUCAGAUGGGAAGUUCUUCCGCAUCAACGCUAAAACAGGUGAAAUCAUCAACUGGGUGGCGCUGGACCGGGAGCAGCACAGCCAGCACAGUCUGAAGGUGAUGGUGACAGACCAGGGCCACCCUCGUCUCAAUGCCACCGCCAACGUUCACAUCCUGGUCACUGAUAUCAAUGACAAUGCGCCACAGUUUACACACCUGCCUGCCACCAAGGAGCUUAAUAUUCAGAUAUGGGCUGGUCUACCAGCAGGAUCGUUGGUGACCAAUAUGUUUGCCAAAGACUUGGAUGCAGGAGAAAAUGGAACCGUUAACUUCUCACUGGUCACAGUUAACCUAGAAGAUGAGGCUUUUAGGCCCUUUGAGAUUGACAGUAAAACUGGAGACGUCAGGACAACAGAGCUUUUCAACCAGAGCGCUAAAUCAUAUUACACUCUGGAAGUAACUGCCAGGGACAGCGGAGCCACACCUCUGGAGGACACUGCAGUCAUUCAUGUACAGGUUCAUGGAGUGGAGGCUCAGAUUGUCCACUCUGACAACCAAAGAGUCAGACGUUUUUCGGUGAGAGAGGACGUGGAGCCAGCGACAGUUAUCGGCUCUGCAAGCAUUUCAGAUAAAGGGAAAUUCCACUAUUCUAUCACAGAGGGCGACGGAAGUGUUCACUUCGGUAUCGACAGCUCCUCUGGUGACAUAUAUAUAAACCAGCCGCUGGACUAUGAGUCUGCCGUGCAGUACUUGCUCGUGGUUCGUGCUGAGGAUGUUGGACUCGCUCCAGGAGUGAACGUGUCAGUGCUGGUCAGUGUGACGGUGGAGGAUGUAAACGACCACACGCCCUGGUUCCCUGAUAAACUGGUGAUGUUCGGUCUGCGGGAAGAUGUUGCAGCUGGAUCACUGGUGUUUGCUUUUAAUGCCAGGGAUGCUGAUGGGACCUUUCCAAACAGUGCCCUCCGCUACUCCCUCACCUUUGACCCUGGACACAGUGCAUCAUCUUCACGCUUCCCCUUUCAGAUAAACCCUCACACAGGGAGUUUGACUGUAGCAGCACCUUUAGACCGUGAGACGACCCCCAGCUUCGCCUUCACUGUAAAAGCCACCGACCAGGCGAAGAGGAAGGACGAGCGUAAACAGACGUCAGUGACGGCUCAGGUCUUCCUGCUGGAUGUGAACGAUAACCGGCCGGUGUUUAUAUCAGUGGACACAGUUCAGGUGAUGGAGGACGCAGAGGGGGGAAGCCUGCUGCAUCAUUUUGUGGCCAUAGAUGGAGAUCAAGGUGAAAAUGGGGUUGUAUCCUACGUCAUCAUGGCUGGAAACAAAAAAGGAUUCUUCACACUGGAGGAGAAAACAGGCCUCUUGUUUCUCUCCGCCCCUUUGGACUAUGAGAAGCAGCGUGUCCACAGUCUGACCAUCCGUGCCGUGGAUCACGGCCUGCCCUCGCUCUCCUCCACCCAGACCCUGACAGUGGAGGUGGGGGAUGUGAAUGACCAGCUGCCUGUCUUCGAUCAAGACAUCUACAACGCCAGCGUGGCAGAGAACAGAGACCCCGGAGAACCAGUCAUCAGGGUUUCUGCCACUGAUGAGGAUUCAGAGGAGAACGCUGUGGUGUGGUACAGUCUGCUGCCGGGUCCCGGCUACGAGCUCUUCAGCAUCAACCCUUACACCGGUCUGAUCACCACCACCUCCUACCUGGACAGAGAGCAGCAGCAACAUUUCACUCUCAGAGUCCAGGCUCGUGACAGCAGCACUCGGCCUCUUUCGGGCACCGCCACAGUACUUUGCUCCGUGCUGGAUGACAAUGACAACGCUCCAGAGUUCAUGCAGUCAUCUUUCCAGAUCAGCCUGCCGGAAAAUCUGCCCCCCGGGAUCAUCCACACUGUUCAGGCCUCCGACCCAGACCAUGGAGAAAAUGGAACAAUACACUACUCCAUACUAGGUGAGGACUACAGAGGUCGCUUCACCAUCAACAGUCACACAGGUGCUGUCAGCACCACGCAGGUCCUUGACCGUGAAGAAAGUCAGAAUUAUACACUCGACAUACAGGCCCGUGACUACGGCCCCUCUCCACUCAGCUCCUCCACCCAGCUCCAGCUGGUGCUGCUGGACCAGAACGAUAACAUCCCAUCCUUCACUCGUAAGAGCUACCAUACCUCCAUCACCGAGGGUCUACCUGCAGGAGCUGAGGUCCUGCGUCUUACUGCCCUGGAUCCUGACGAGGGGUCCAACGGGGACAUAACCUACUCGUUGACAGAGGACAGCAGCCAGGGGGCCUUCUCAGUCGACCCUUCCACAGGUGUGAUCCGCACCACCAGGUCUCUGGACAGGGAGAGCAGGACCCAGUACACCCUCAGAGCUGUGGCUACUGACGGCUGCACUCAAGGGCCGCUGAGCUCUGUGGCUUCAGUGACCAUACAGGUGGAAGAUGUGAAUGACAACGUGCCAGUUUGUGUCCAAAAUCCCAUUAACGCUUGGGUUUCCAUGAGGACUCUUCCAAACCAGAUAGUCACCGCAGUGACAGCAACAGACGACGACCAGGGUGAGAAUGGCACGGUGCAUUUUAUUUUGUCUGAUGAGGACAAUCUGUUUGACAUCAACGGUGAGACUGGUGAGAUUUCACUGAGGAGACGAGUGAGAGCAGGUUUCUCUGGGAGGAAGCUGCAGGUUGUAGUUUCAGACAGAGGACAACCUGCUUUAACCUCCACCUGCCUGGUGUUCAUCCACCUGAAGGGCGAACACGAGGGUCUGCAGUUCACAAACAAAGUGUACAACGUCACCAUCAAGGAGAACAGCAGAGCUGGCACUUGGAUUACAAAAGUUGAGGCCAGUGACCAAACCAACAGCAGACAAAGGAUCACAUAUACCAUAUUUAGUGGCAACGAGAAUCACAUUUUCUCCAUUAAUCGUCACACAGGCGAGAUCCGCGUUCAGAAAGAUAACUCUCUGGACUUCGAGGUGAGCCCUCAGAUCGAGUUGGUGGUGCUGGCUGACAACGGGCUGCAGACGGCUCACUGCAGGGUCUCCAUCAACCUGCUGGACAUCAAUGACAACGCACCGGUGUUUGAACACAGCAGCUACAGAACAGCUGUCUGGGAGGGUCAAGUUCACAACACCUACAUUAUGCAGGUGUUUGCUUCUGAUGCUGACAGUGGCAUAAACGGGCAGAUUGAGUUUGCAAUUGUGUCUGGUAACCAUAACAACGCAUUCAUCUUGGACUCUGUUCGUGGGAUUCUUGCCACUAAUGUUUUACUGGACCGGGAAAUCACCCCUUCAUACAAGCUGGUACUGCAGGCGACAGACAGGGGGAACCCUUCGCUCAGCAGCACCACUACCAUCAGGGUGCAAGUGGUGGACGUCAAUGACAACAGUCCUGCUAUCCCCCCCAUGGAGCCCGUGCCUAUAGCAGAGAAUCUGCCGGCAGGUUACAUGGUUACCCAGGUGACCGCAAAUGAUGUGGACCUCAGCUCAACCAUUACCUACAGCUUUUCAGACAACAGUAGCACCAACAGCCCCUUUGCUAUUGAUCGAUACACUGGUGUGAUAACGCUGACUCGAGCCCUGGACUACGAGGAGCAGACAGAGUACACUCUGACAGUCUGGGCAUCUGACUCCCUCUACCAGACCACCGGAGAGGUCAAAGUUCAAGUGCUUGAUGUCAACGACAACGCUCCAGUCUUUAGCAAAGUCUCCUACCAGGUGGAGUUGUCAGAGUUGGUCUCUGCAGACACAUUUGUUCUGUCUGUGUCCACUACUGACAGAGACUCUGGAUUCAAUGGCAAGGUCACCUACAGACUGCUCUCAUCUCCUUUACAAGGCUUUUAUAUCCAGCCGGACAAUGGGUCUGUUUUCACCAACAAGCCCAUAAAGGCCAUCGUAAACAGCAACCCAAUCCAUCUUCUCGUUGAGGCCAGAGACGGAGGUGAUCCAGUACGCUCCAGUUUCACCUCCAUAGAUAUAGUGAUUCUGGACACCAACGACCAUGCACCUCGGUUCCACCAGGACCUCUACACUCUUACCGUCUCAGAAGACACACCUACAGAUACCACCCUGCUGACGCUCUCUGCAGAGGACCAAGACUGGAGCCCCGAAAAUACCCAUUUGGACUACACCAUCAUCAGGGGAAAUAAGGAGAAGAGAUUUUGUCUGGAAGUAAAAAAGAUUCAGGUUGACAAUCAGAUGAAAAAUGUAGGCAAACUUGUUCUGUGUAACCCUUUAGACCGUGAGACCACUGAGAGCUACAUGCUAACAGUGACUGUGUCUGAUCGAGGAACGCCUCCACUGAACAACUCUGCUGUUGUUAUGGUGACUGUGACGGACUGCAAUGACAAUGCACCAAUCUUUUCCAGCACAGAGUACCAUGCACAGGUCAGUGAAAACAGCCAAGUAGGUACCAGGCUGAUCCAGGUGAGCGCUCAGGAUCCUGACCUGGGAAUCAACGGCCUGCUGCAUUAUGACAUUAUCUCUGGGAACAGCAAAGGUCACCUAAAGCUGGACCCUCAGUCUGGUCUUGUGGUGGUCAACCACCCCCUUGACUAUGAGGAAGACUCAAAAUACACCCUCACCAUCCGAGCAGCUGAUGGCGUUGAAUCAUCGGAAGACCGUAAAGUGGCUUUUACAGUCGUCUUUAUCACAGUGUUGGAUGAGAAUGACAACACUCCUUAUUUCAUGUUCCCUACUGUUAAUUGUUCUGUGCUGGAAAACCUACCAGCAUUUACCCACGCCUGCUCAGUCCACGCUGUUGACAACGACUUAGGCCCCUACGGGCAGCUUACCUACUCGAUUCUGUCCUCCUGCUUCAUGGACUAUGGCAGUGGCAACCCUGAAAGAAAGGAGGCAUUUGCCAUUGACGCCCACACAGGUGAUAUUCACACCAGACAGACCUUUGAUUACGAACGUGAGAGUGAGUACUGCUUUGUAGUGGAAGCCAGGGACAAAGGCGAUAAAGCAGCUACAGUGAGAGUGCAGGUGGCCAUCAAGGGAGUGGACGAGUUCAGUCCUGUCUUCACCCAGAAGCAGUACCGCUUCCUCCUGCCGGAGAACGCCAAGCUGGGAGAGACAGUCGGCUUUGUAAUGGCAAUGGACCACGAUGGAGGAGUGGACGGGCUGGUGGAGUACAGCCUCGUGAACCCAUCACCAUUUUUCUCGUUAAACAAAACGAUUGGUUCUAUCCAUGUGUCAGGCCCUGUAUUUCGCAGACGUGGCAGUCAUGCCAGUGAUAAUAUGGUGGAGCUGGUUGUGUCUGCAGGUAGUCCGAGAUUGGGCUCCAGGACCACCACCUCCCUGGUUUCUAUCAACAUCUCCAGCUCAGUAGAGGCACUCACUGGAAUGCCUCUCGAUGCGCACAUGCUUACUCUGAGUGUCUCACUAAUCAUGUUUCUCCUUGUCCUCAUCUUUUUUGUGAGUUUGGUUGUCAGGUACAAAAUCAAAGAAGCCGCCAUCAAAAAGGCUACUGCCAUUGCCUCAAGUUUGAACCAUAGCACAGGCUCAUUUGGUAGAUCUUAUGGGCAGUCACAGAGUGAAAUCUCUUUGCAAGAGAUUGCACGGCCCAGCAUCGUAAUGACCAAGAAUGACAUAUCAAAACCUUAUACUCAGUCAGACUCAAGUGGUCGUGGAUCAGCAGAGGGUGAGACAGCUGAGGACCAGGAGAUCAAGUGGAUCAAUGAGUAUCCCUGUCGUAAAAGAGAUGAACCUGUGCAAGAGAACCAGACCUUAGAGAUCUCGGACUCUGCUUUACCUGGGGACAGUAUCUCCUGCCACUCUAUUGAUGUAGGGCCGGAGCACCUUUUAACAAUUAAUAAAUGUUUAAUCUCAGGGAUUGCCAGCACAGAAAGCCUCCACCACUUCAAAGAAGAGGGAGGAGGUGAGGGUCUACUUCCAGUACUAAGGGUGAGAGAUCUGGAGGAGAAUAUGGGGACAAGAGGGUACGCUCCCCUAUCUGAAGCCCAGGCAUCUGCGGAUUCUCUGUCAUCACUGUUGUGUCUAGAGGAGCAGCUGCAGGGCAGCUACAGCUGGGAAUACCUGUUGGACUGGGAGCCACGUUUCCAGGCUCUGGCCUCCGUAUUCACCGAUAUCGGGAUGCUCCCUGACGAGGAGCUCCAAGGCGGCCGUGAGGACUUAGCAGCAGAGUUGAACUGCCUCAUGCAUCCGCCACCUCUUAUAACAGGAGUGGCUCAGCCUGGCAUUAGGACUGUGCCUCCACGAAAGCUGGCUCGCAUGCCGAGCCUGAGCAGGAGGCCCUCUCACCGCAAAUAUGCCUAUUCCCCUUUAGCCAGGAACACAGGACUAACCCCUUCAGCCAUGACUCCCACUUUCUCCCCAUCGCUGUCCUCACUGACCAUGAGGACUCCCACUGCUUCACCAGUUGUCUCAGAGACAGGGGUGGGGGGUAUCAGACUUGACUCAGGACCCCUCACUGCAAGCCUAUUGGAGUCAGAAAUACAGGUGUAG